AUGCCUCCAAACCCCGACCCGACCCGACCCGACCCUUUAUCAUUCCCCUCUCCUCCUCCUCACCCCUGCCCUGCUCGCCUCGCCGCCACACCACACCCUCCCUCCUCCAGAAGUAGAGGCAGAGCAUCCUUCCUCCUCCCUCCCCUGCUCUCGUUCCCCCCUGCUCCUCCUCGUCGUCUCUGCUGUUCACUUGCUCGUCUGAGCUGGGGUAGCUCCGUGUCCGUGGUGUUCAACAACAGCUGCGACGGCGUGAUCGGUCGAGAGGCCUUGCCUUUUGCCCCCUGCUGCAUGCUGCGGUAGCAGGAAGGAACAAGAAGAGGAGAGAAGAUGGCGGCCGAGGCGGUGGGGUUCAUGGCGCGGGGAGCCAACGGCGGCCGGCCGGCGGAGCUCGUCACCAGGGACUUCCUCGGCGGGUGCGCCGCCGCGGACGACGCCAGGGACGCCACCGCCGCGAGGCAUGAUGCAGUGCCCGGGAAGCUGUCCCUGCCGAAGCACGCGUGCCCGUCCACACCGAGGGACCUGAACCUGUUCCCGGUGGCCGCGGCGGCCACGAAGCCCUGCGCCGUGACGACGGCGCCGGCGCCCGCCCCGGCCCCCUCCUCCGCCGCCUGCGGCGGCGCCACCACGACGUACCACAGCGUGUGCACGAUCGAGAAGGUGAAGACGGCCCUGGAGCGGUUCGAGCGCGGGAGGCACCAGCACCAGCAUCCACAGCAGCAGCAGCACAGCGGCGCCGGCGCGUCCCCGUCGUCAUCGUCGGUGACGACGUCCUCCGUGAAGCGCCGGGGCGGCGGCGGCGAUAGCAGCGGCGGCGCCGUGGAGCAGGGCGACGGCUGCGACUCCCCGUCCGGCGGCGGCGGCGGCGGGAUGGUGGCGGCGGCGUGCCCCAGGUGCUUCCUGUACGUGCUCAUCUCCCGGAGCGACCCGCGGUGCCCCCGGUGCGAGUCCCACGUGCCAGCGCCGGCGGCGCCCGCCGCGAGCAAGAAGCCGCGGAUCGACCUCAACGUCGGCUUCCUCGGCACCUAGCCCCCGUAGCCCUUACAUAGGUCGAUGAUCGGACGCCAUCCUCCUACGAAGUACGUCGUAAAGUUAGCCUCGGUGUUAAUCGACCCGUAUAAUGCCGCGAUGAUCCAAGGACCUGGUGGUGGGGUACAGCUAGUACAGGGGAGGCGCCUCUUUUUUGGCUCCCAGUCCGUUUCUUCUCCCGGAAAUGCAUCCGCGCCCCCCCUCCCGAUUCUGUUUUAGGGAAUUUAUGGCCGAUAGAACAUGAAUGGUGAUACUCCUGUUCCUGUAGAAGCAAUCAAUCCUACCACAAUUGAUCAGAGCUA